AUGGAAACCGAAACGGCUCGCUCACCUGUCGGCGCCCUGAUGCCACAGACCAUAUACACACAGAAAGCACUCAAACUGCAGGCCCGCAGAAUUCGGAAAGGGACACACAGCUGCUGGGAAUGCAAGCGGAGAAAGAUCCGAUGCACCUUUGCUGCUCCGGGUGAUGCUAUCUGCAUCGGAUGUUAUCGUAGGGGCACCGACUGCAGAAGCCAGGAUCUUCCUGAGGAACUUUCAACCCCAGCGGAUCGAACACGUCAGAUGGGAGACCGAAUCAUUCGGGUUGAGACGUUGAUUGAGCAGCUGGUCAAGAAGGUUGGAGGUGAUCCAUCCGCUGUGCAGGCACUGUUGAAACCCGCGGAGGCUUCUGUGGUAGUCAAAGAUGAUGGAUCAACUGGCUCGGAAUCAAGUCACCAGUUUGGUAUUCUUGAUGCUCCUCAGGAAGGGCUGGAUGAUCUCGAAGAUGAGAGUCUCGGUGUUCAACGCCCAAAUCCUGCCGAGUGUCUCGUCAAGCUACGACCUGACGAUGGCAAGCACGGCCGACUCUCCGAAGCACUGCAUUCGGCGUACCCAUCUCGACAGGACCUUGAUACUAUCUACGAGCUCGGCGGAAACAAAGCUGGCUUGUUUGCCUUGGCAUUGACCAGCGCCGACCCUGCGUCAGGCCUCGGCGGUAACAGUGACCCAAAAGUCGUGUUUGGAAUUCCGCCCCGAGAUCUCCAUCCGGUCCUGGUAGCUCGACACAUGCUUGUUCUUUGCCUGUCUCUACAGUACACCCACAGGAAUGCAUACACAGAUCUCCCACCUGACUGCGAAACUCCACGGACCAUCAUGCGGAGGCUCGCGGACACGGCAAUCCGGCUCGUUACCACCAACGAUGAAAUGCUUAGUUCCAUUGAGUCGUUGCAUUGUAUCCUGCUAGAGGGCCUAUUUCAGAUGAACUGCGGGAACCUACGCCGAGCCUGGUUGGCCUUCCGCCGCGCUAUAACGGUCGGCCAGUUGAUGGGUAUUCAUCGAAGCUACCAGCACCGGCCUCUGAGAAUUCUCGACGCUUCGAUGCCAGUGGCUCCCCAACACCUCUUUCAUCGUCUUGUAUGUGCAGAUGCUGUUGUGUCCCUCAUGCUUGGCCUUCCGCAAGGCGCAAUGGAAGCAGCAGUGGCUUCACGUGUCCACCUGCCGGGUGACGACGCCCCCGUCAAUAAACUCGAACGUCUUCAGAUGGGUGUCGCAGCUCGGAUUCUGGAGCGGAAUGAAUCUGAUCCAAGCUUCCACGAGUAUGCAUCCACCAAAGCCCUUGAUCUGGAGUUGCAGAAGAUGGCAGGGGAACUGCCGGGAAGAUGGUGGUUGCCGCCCAGUCUCAUUGGUGCCGGCAAUGACGUGAGGGAGAUGCUCGGGAGAAUGUGGCAACUGAUGAGGCAAGUAUUCCACUACAACCUUUUGAACCAGCUUCAUCUUCCAUACAUGUUGCUGCGAUCCAGUAAGCAGUCUCUCGACCCGAGCAACUCUUCUUACAGCCGCGAUGUCUGCGUCACCGCCUCGAGAGAGCUACUCACCCGCUUUGUCCUCUUCCGGGCCCAAGACAACGUCGCCUUCUGCUGCCGCGCUGUGGACUUCUACGCCCUCAUGGCUGCCAUGACGCUCCUUUUGGCACACCUGCAAGGUCAUUGCCCACCCACAGAUCACAGCAUUCUCGCCCACCAAAGGCUUGGAGAUUUAGGCUUGGUGGAGGGGUAUCUCGAGAACAUGGACGCGUUCAACAAAGUCAAUGCGGAUGCGCUAAGCGAGAAGAGCGCCGGUCUGAUACGCAGGCUCAUGGCCAUCGAGGCUGACGCAGCCAACGGGCGGCGAAAGUACGACACCCAGGCCGUUCACCGGUCUAGCUCCGAGUCCGUCACCACGCCGAGCCGUCAAAACGUCCUCCGUGUGUUUAUUCCGUACUAUGGGGUGGUCAAGAUUGUGGCUACCGAUGAAGUCAUUUCCAAGGAGGCGGUCACAUCUGACGCCGCUGGUUCCGCCACCGCGGUGACUGGACCUGACGCUCCGUCGUCUGCGACGUUGGUGCCGCAGUCAGCGUUCGAGCGGCAACCCUCUCAGACACCUAACCAGGAGCAACAAUUGUACGGCAACAUGGUGCAAAGUCAACAAAGUUCUCAGAAUCUUUUUGUUGGAGGUCCUGACUUUUCUUCACUCCCAGCCCGACAUGGUUCUGGCCACUUGCAGCCUGAACACGACUCGUAUCUUUACCCUGCUCUCACGGCAGGAGCGGACGACUGGGCCUUUCAAGGGGUUGACAUGGCCUUCUUUGACUCUUUGAUGAGGAGUAGGGACAAUACGGGAGCUGGAUUGGGGCCGGGGUAUAUCAGGGAUCCGCCGGCUGGGUACUGUGACUGGGAGACGCAAUGA